GAUUUAGUCGGAAGGCUCUUUGAUGGGUGGGGAGGGCGUUUUCAGUCAUUCUGGUGGAUAUCGUCAUCACGAAAAAGGGAAGUUUAGCGAGGGUGAAUUUCUUAAAGGAGAUACCAAAUCCGUUAUGUAGUUGUGCGUGGCAUAUUAAAGUUAAUACAACAACUGUGUGGUCUUUCUAAGUACCCCGUAGCGUGGUAGUUUGCAGAGUUACACCGUUGCUGUGGGAAGUUGGCAGCAAAUCCGCUGUUUCGAGUAGCUAGUUGACAUUUUGCUUAGAACAAAGCACCAUACGGAGCCCUUCAUAUCGUUGCAAACCUUGACCGAAGUAACCAAUUAGAAAACCAUGGCAACGAGAGGUCACACUUCUGGAUCCUCAAUGAGUAACCACACAAAAGAGCGAGUGACCAUGGCCAAGGUGACCCUGGAGAACUUCUACAGUAACCUGAUUGCACAGCAUGAGGAGAGGGAAAUGAGGCAACAGAAGCUGGAGAAGGUCAUGGAUGAAGAGGGGCUGCCUGAAGAGGAGAAACGUAUGAGGCGGUCUGAACACGCUCGUAAGGAGACAGAGUUCUUGCGGCUCAAGAGGACUAGACUGGGCCUGGAUGAUUUUGAGUCCCUCAAAGUGAUUGGACGAGGGGCUUUUGGAGAGGUGCGCCUGGUUCAGAAGAAGGACACGGGUCACGUGUAUGCCAUGAAAAUCCUUCGCAAAGCAGACAUGCUGGAAAAGGAACAGGUUGGCCAUAUACGGGCCGAGAGGGACAUCCUGGUGCAGGCAGACAGUUUGUGGGUGGUCAAGAUGUUCUACAGCUUCCAGGACAAGCUGAACCUCUACCUGCUCAUGGAGUUUCUGCCAGGUGGUGACAUGAUGACACUGCUGAUGAAAAAGGACACCCUGACGGAGGAGGAGACUCAGUUCUACGUGGGGGAGACUGUGCUGGCCAUCGACUCCAUCCACCAGCUGGGUUUCAUCCACAGGGACAUCAAACCAGACAACCUGCUGCUCGACUCAAAGGGUCAUGUCAAGCUGUCAGACUUUGGACUGUGCACAGGACUCAAGAAGGCCCAUCGUACAGAAUUCUACCGGAAUCUCAACCACAGCAUCUCCAAUGACUUCACCUCUCAGAACAUGAACUCCAAGAGGAAGGCUGAGACCUGGAAGAGGAAUCGUCGGCAGCUGGCCUUCUCCACAGUGGGCACCCCAGACUACAUCGCUCCAGAGGUCUUCAUGCAGACCGGCUACAACAAGCUCUGUGACUGGUGGAGCCUCGGAGUCAUCAUGUACGAGAUGCUCAUUGGCUAUCCUCCGUUCUGCUCGGAGACACCGCAGGAGACCUACAAGAAGGUGAUGAACUGGAAGGAGACACUGGUGUUCCCGCCUGAGGUGCCCAUCUCUGAGAGGGCCAAGGCCCUCAUUCUCAGAUUCUGCUGUGAGUGGGAACAUCGCAUUGGUGCCCCUGGUGUCGAGGAGAUCAAAAGGAACCCUUUCUUUGAGGGUGUCGAUUAUGACCACAUCAGGGAGAGGCCAGCCGCCAUUCCUAUUGAAAUCAAGAGCAUUGAUGACACUUCUAACUUUGACGACUUUCCAGAGUCUGACAUUCUGCAGCCUGCAGCUCCAGUAGUUUCAAGCAACCACUCUGAGGCAGACUACAAGAACAAGGACUGGGUCUUCGUCAACUACACCUACAAGCGCUUCGAAGGCCUCACUGCCCGCGGCGCCAUCCCCUCAUACAUGAAGGGAGGGAAGAGAUAGAGGAGAAGCCCAUCCCUCCCUCUCCUUUUCUCUACGGACCAUUCCUGCCCUGGAUCUUUUUCUUCUCCGGUUAUCCGUCCUAUCCCUGAAUCCACCCAUGGCUUGACCAAACUCCCUCCUCUCUCUCCUCCUGUCAGCUUUGUGGAUUAUACUUGCUGAUGCCUUGACGAGUUGUGCUGUUGCUGAAGUGUGGGGAUGGAUGGAUUCUAUUGGUUCACUUGUGUCAGUGUUUCAGCACACAGACUCCACUCGCUCUGUCCACUUUCCUCGAAGCCUUAGGACCGGUGGGGAUGCAUGGAGAGCACAAUGAACAAUGGCUGGCACUGUCUGCCAUAACUGUUUAGCUUCUCUCCUCCAGAUUUUUUCAGAGAGCAGGGGUGGAGAGGGGAUAGGGUGGGGUGGGGUGGGUUGGGGUGUAAGAGUUUCCAUUUGCACUGUGUGUCCCAAAUGGCCUCCUUACAUUACUGCAUUUGUGUGAUUGCUUUAUCUCCGUGUGUGCCCUCACCUCCCUUAUUGCCACUAUGUGACUGACUUCUCAAAAGGGUGCGUAUGUGUGUGUGUGUGUGGAGGCUCUUGUUGUGAACUGGCUGCUGCACUGAACUGUACUCCACCCUGAAGAGGCUGGUUUCGUAGCCCCACCACAGGAAACCACAGACAGACCUGGCAGAGAACAAACUCCACUCAUAAUCCUCCAACUCUGUUGCUGCUGCUGUUUUUUUUUCUGGACUGAUGAGCUCAUCCAAGAUUGCCAAAAAUGGAAAGAACCACCCUCUUUUCCAGGAAUAGUUUGUAUAUGCCUUGUGGAGGCACGUAGUGCCAGACUGGUGAAUCAAGUAUGGCCUUAAGACGUUUUUUUGGUAAAUAGAGUACUAUCAUGAAGUGGAAGUAAUUGUUUUCUACUUGUGAAAUAUUUCCUUAAGCUGAGGCAAUGCAAAGUUUUGAUAAUUGCUGGAUUUUACCCAAAGAACAGUUAUUGCUGUAGUUUUAUAUUUUUUAUAAUAUCAUGCUGGUAGUUUGAUAGUUAAAGUGGUUGACAAUUCAUGGCUGAUGCAGCUCUUUUGAUAAAAAUAAUAUAUAUUUUUAAAUCAACUCCUUUUUUUUUCUUUUUUUUUUCUUACAUGCUUUUGAACUGUUGUGCUAUUAUGUCCUGUCUUGUAAAAGAGAGCCUCUUGCUUUACUUAUGCAGAAUUUAUAAGGGCCUCUGUUUAUUCUUCUUGAUGUGUUUUUGUCACUGAGAACUGUUGGACUCAUUUCAUGUAUUUUUUUAAAACAUGGGAGUGAAACAGCAUAGCUGUUUUGUGAAGUUCAUGAACACUAUUCAGGACAAAACAUCAGGGAAAUAUGGAAAACAUGUUUAAGGGGAUUCAUAUAUUCUCAAGCUAGUUCUGUGUUGUAUUCUGUAUCUUUUAAGUUUUAACUUCAUCCUGUUUUUUUAAAAGGCACUUUCAACAUUUUUUGUAGCUGGUGUAUUUAUGAAUAUUAUAUAUUAUCAGUGCUUUGUGUAUCUCUUUUGCUUAUUACAUGGACAGCUGAAUGGUAUUGGAUCAUGUGGUCCAUAAGGAUGUCAUCUUUUCUCAUAACUAUUGCUUUCAGUUAUUCACUGCCUCUCUUUUGCCCUCACAAGAGCACCACUAGGUGGAGCGGUACUUGUCACAGAAAACAGGUACAGUAGACUUUCUGUGAUCAUCUUUGUGACCCACCCUUUGGUACUUUGUUUCACAUCAACGUUUUAAAGUUUCAUUGGGUUUGUUUUUGACCCCUGUAUGAGCAGAGUCAUUUCACAGAAUGAUGUACAUUUUGUGUUGAUGUUAUUUCCUAGGUUCUAAAGUUAAAAGCACUUCAGAUGAAAGUGAUGACACUGUGUAUCUGUAUUGUAUUUAGGCACACUGUAUUUAUAUUUUGAGAUGUGGCAUAUUAUCACCAGUGUUCCUCUUUCAACUUGUAAUUUCAUCUGUGUUAUUUGAGUGGGAGAUGUGUGACAUUUAUGUGACCUUUUCAGUGAAGGUCAUGAGUUCAAGGGCCCUACCUGACUCCUAGCCAACAGGACCUCAGUCCACAGCUACUGCUCAUAGGAACUGUAAUUAUUUUGUUAUAUCUGUUGCCAUCCGAGUGAAGCUAAAACAUCACUAAAGCAUUCCGAAUGUGUGCGUGUGUGUGUAUGCGAGAGUGAUUUGGAUUGACCUGAGGCCUGUAGUUGAAAUCGUUUGAUACUUUUAUCCUUGUGUGAGUGCACAAGUUUUAGACCAAAAGCAUCUUGACAGUGUUUUGCUGGAUUGAGUUUGCAUGCUUCAUGAGUGGUCGGGUAGGUUUCAAAGUGUAAACCUAAGUAUUUAUGUCUGUUCAUUUCUAAGCCUUUGAUAACAUCUGGAUAGAUCCAUUCCAGCUUGAGCAAUACGCAUUACAGAGUUCAAUAAACAUAUUUUUCACCA